AGGCCGCGGGCGAAGGACCGAGGAGGGGAGGGGUUAGAGGCUGGGCGGCGCGUGCGCGGUGCUUCUCGGCGGGUAGAGGGGUUGCAGCGCUCUUUUGUUUGGCGGAGGUGGCUUGAGCGCGGGAGGCCUGCUGUCCAACCGUAUCUCUCUCUCUCUCUCUCCUCUUCUAUUUCUUUUUUUUAAACUUUAAACCCGACCUCCUUUCCCCGACCGCAGCCCGCGCCUCCUUCAUCGGCGGCGACGCGUUUUUAUUAAUUUUUUGACAUUGCUUUCCGCUCGUGCGUUCGUGGUGAGGCUGAAUCAGCCUCCCUUUAAGCCGCAAAACUGGCGAGCACAAUGGGAAAAAAGCAGAACAAGAAGAAAGUGGAGGAGGUCCUAGAGGAAGAGGAGGAAGAAUAUGUGGUGGAAAAGGUCCUUGACAGGCGGGUGGUGAAAGGCAAAGUCGAGUACCUGCUGAAGUGGAAGGGCUUCUCAGAUGAAGAUAAUACGUGGGAGCCGGAGGAGAACCUCGACUGCCCUGACCUCAUUGCGGAGUUCCUGCAGUCCCAGAAAACAGCACAUGAGAGUGACAAGUCAGAGGGAAGCAAGCGCAAGGCAGAGUCGGACUCUGAGGACAGGGGGGAGGAGAGCAGACCAAAGAAAAAGAAAGACGAGGCUGAGAAGCCACGAGGCUUUGCGAGAGGUUUUGAUCCAGAGCGGAUCAUUGGUGCCACAGAUUCCAGCGGGGAGCUAAUGUUUCUGAUGAAAUGGAAGAACUCUGACGAAGCUGACCUGGUCCCUGCCAAGGAAGCAAACAUCAAGUGCCCGCAGGUGGUCAUUUCAUUCUACGAGGAGAGGCUGACAUGGCACUCCUACCCCUCGGAGGACGACGACAAGAAGGACGACAAGAACUAGCCUCCCUUCCCCUCUGUCCCCAUCCCUCUUCUGGCCAACUUUUGUAUUAAAACAUCAAGACUGUGGGUUUGAGCAUGAAACAAGGAAGCAAAGAGGCUCUUGGCUGUGGGGGGGAAGGUGCCCUCUGUAGAAAACAGACGGUUUUCUGUGCCCUCGCCCAGCUUGGCAUGGCAGCACACUACUCUUCCUUUCCUCCCUUCCUCAUGUCUGUGUGGGGAAGGAGGGGAGGAUGGGGCAAGUCUUCCCCAGCUAUUACUUGCUUGGGGGGAAUGAAGCAAAAAAACAACUCCAUGCUGGACAAAGCCUGGGACCUGGACAGGCUGCCAAAAGCAACAGCAGGUUGGGGGAGGGGGGAGGCUGUGUGUUCUCUGAAGAUCUUCUCUGACUUGCAGCCUUUCUUCCAGAUAGUGUUAACUGCAUUUUUAUGGUUUAGCAUGUAUGUAGGCUUUCUUUCUCCUUUUUGCUAUUAUUGGUGUAUCAUCCGGGGAGGGGUGGGGGAGGGUAUUUUCUAAUUAAUUUGGGAUGGGAGUGGAAUUAUCCCAGCUCUGUAUCCAAACUUAAGAAUAUACAUGCCUCUUACUACAAAGAAAAGUGAGAGGCUGGGGUGGGGGUGUCUAUCUUAAGUGUUAAAAGUUGAAGAGGUGACAGCCAUAAAUUAUGCAGUUGGCUACCACAAAUUUUCACUUAUUAUUUCCAGAACAGGAGAUGAGGAAGUGUCCGCAGAUAUUUGUUUCCCCUCUCCCCACACAGAGUCACUGCUGUUGAAAGUGACCCAAUUUUUCUUAUAGUGUUACUGAUUCUGCAUCAUUACUUUUAUCCUAUGAAGCAGCUCUGGGGUGCUGUGUCCUUUGUUUUGGUUUUUCUUUUCUCCCCCCCCCAGUAUGUAUGUGAAUUUCAGACUUUAAGAAAAUCUAGGUAUUUUAGGGAAGGAAAGCAGGGAUGAAAUCUACCCCUGUACUACACAAUGUAGAUUUCAAACCAUUCUGUAAAAGCUAUUUUCUGUUCAGACUUGGGGCAUUACUAGUUGCUUUCCUUGCCCUGGUCCUGUGCUGAUACUUCAUUUUAAAUCAAAUAAAAGUCUUUGUUUUUACAAAUUUUACCUCUGAAAUUUUGCUCCACAUCCCAGUAAACCACCAACUUCUCCUUCGUGGGGUGGUAUGUACGUAGAAAUGUAUUGUAUAAACCUUUUUUAAAAUUAAGCAUGUGUUUUAGGUUUAUGUGAAAAUGUUGUCUAAAACUUAAGUGUUUGGAUUUUAACUUCAUACUGAGCUGUCUUUUUGUCUCAAUAAAACUUUAGAUUUAUA